AUGGAUGUUGUAGGAUCGGUGUUACUAUUGCCGGUGUUGAGCAGGGCCGUGGGGGUCAAGGUGUACAUGUUUAAAGAACAGCUACAGUGUAGGGACACCGUGUCAGACUAUCGACGUCUUCAUGUUUGGAAAGGCCUGGACAUAUUACAUUGUUCGAGAACAUGCUUAGAUGGUCAGUUCUGUUUGUCUGCAUACUUUGAACGUGAGAAUGUGACGUGUAUUACGAAUGGGUUUGCACUUCUCGAUGGAGAGAGCACUGAUGUCACGACGUAUGCCCCUGGAUUCAGUCUAUUCACGCUGACCGGCAAAGUGGUCGACUACCCAUCCACAUGUUCGGAAGCUAAGGCUCAGCUGACCGAGACCUCCGACGGGGAGUACUGGCUGUACCCUAGGUCCUCCACCAUGUACAACAACAGAGCCAGAGUCUACUGCCGCGGCAUGAACACCACCACCCCGACCGAGUACGUGUCCCUAGCCACUGUCAAUGUCGGUGUAUACCCACGCAAACAGAACCCCGGGUGCAGAGGGGAAAGCAAUAGUAUUUCAGAAAUUGGGAAACCUGGAAUAACACGAUUCUACAAAAUCCGCAUAAGACCAGAGACAAUGACGGUGGUUCUAGACGACUUCACCUUCGCAACAUGGGAAGAAAACCGUCAUAGUUACGCAAAAGCCAUGGACUGCUACAACAACUACUACGGUUCGGCUCCUUGUGGGCCUGUCGGGACGUUCAGAGUGGACACGCGAGGGAGUGGCUUGGUCGUCGACCUCAAUGAAAAUUGGAAAGGGUCCGACUGGCAUCCCUACGUCAGUGUGACGCGCUCGGAAGGGGGCGCUGUGAUCGACCUACUGUGUGGAGGAUGGUGUGGUGGCUGUGUUCCCGCCCAGGGUCUCCGCCUCUUCUACAACCACAACGACCGUGAGUACUCCAUAACCAGGUCGCGUGUAAACAGCAGCAAGUGUUAUAGGUGA